UCCAGGAAAUAAUGACUUCCUCUGUCCCUAGACGUGAUGGAGGUGGUGCUGAUCUUUCUCUGCAGCCUGCUAGUCCCCACAGUCCUGGCCAGUGCAGCUGAGCAGGAGAAAGAAACGGACCCUUUUCAUUAUGACUACCAGACCCUGAGGAUUGGGGGACUGGUGUUUGCUGUGGUCCUCUUCUCUGUUGGGAUCCUCCUUAUUCUGAGUCGCCGGUGCAAGUGCAGUUUCAACCAGAAGCCCCGGGCUCCAGGAGACGAGGAAGCCCAGGUGGAGAACCUCAUCACCGCAAAUGCAGCGGAGCCUCAGAAAGCAGAGAACUGAAGCCCAGUGAAGCCUCAAGAACCUGAGGGCAGCUGCUCCAACCUUUAGCUGCAGAUAUCCAUAAGAAAACUGGCCGCUCCUGCCGCAGAUCUUUCCCCAGGAGAAGCCAACAACUUGUGCGUCCCUGUGCUCUUCCCUGUCCCUGCUAACCCCAAUUCUCCACGUAUCAUGCGUUUCACACGGGCCUUCCGCACCCGCAGACUGCUGUCUCGUCACCACCUGUGCCGUGUGUGUAUGUGCGUGUGCACGUGUGUGCGUGUGUAUAUACUGACUGUGAUCUUUGUGGCUAUUUGUGUGUGGACAGUAUUGCAUUUGUGAACUGUAGAUUCACUUUCCUGGGCAGGAGCCGUGCCCAGUUGCCAUCGGCUCCUCCCUGUCACCCUGGGGGCCUCCAUUGCUUCCUGCUCCCUGGAGUCUGCUUUGCCCCUGAAAGACCUGCCCCUGUCUUGAUUUGGGGAUGAGGGUAGAGUAGGAACCCCCACCUCUCUUGGGACCGGGAAGGUUUGCAUUACCUUCAUCAUGGCCUUUCAUGGACCCUCUUCAGUCCUCUCGCAAGAACCUUGCUCUCAUAUUCUAUCCUGGCCCAAGUCCGUUUGGAAGGCCUCAGCUAUUGCAGGUGCAGAGAAGGAGCUGGGGAGCCCAGUGUUGCUGCCAGGCAGGCUCUGCCCAGCCUCAGUUGUUUUUCUUCUUGGGUCUUCCACCAUGGAUGGGAUCCCUACCUACCCUACCCAUUCGUGGAACACCCGAGAAGUCCAGGCCCAGGGCUUCUACUCUGCUCCUUGGGAAUGUGCCCCUUGCAUAUCUUCUCAGCAAUAACCCCAGGGGCUCUGGAGUGCUCCUGCCAUCAUCCCCCUUCCUGUUUCUAAGACAUCCAUCUACAGCUCAGCUCUCCCAGACUCAGUCUCCCAUCCCUAAAGUUGGGUCCUGGGAAGUUGAUGGCUGAGGGAUUCCGAUUCUGUUCGGGUCAGCACGCAGGGAGAGCAGGAAGGGCUGUGCUUCUCUGCCCAUGUCCCAUUGGCCAGGCAGCAGCAGUACUUCCUGCGUCCUCUCCGCUUGUCAGUCAGUGGUCAGAGUGGUGAGUGAUGUGUGAGCAGUGGUUGUGUUGCCCGUCAGAGGCUGGCAGGGUUGCGUGUAGCCCUGCUGGAGAGCAACAGCAAGAAAUCGAAGGUCAAAAGAGAGUGGAAACUCCAGCCAGAUCCCACCCCAUCUGUCCAUUGUAUUCCCAUGGAAACUAAACAAACCUUGCCGUGUGACCAGGACUGCUGCUCUCUGUCUUGUGAUCUAUCCUCUACAACAACAGAAAAGAAAUAAAACAUCAUUGUUUCCUAGUGGC